CUCUUCUCCAUUGCAUUCACCGUCUCUUUUAUUGUGGCUUCAACUUGUCCAUCUUUGUAUCAUUAUCUGUGUUAAUUAUCAUACUUGAUCUUCCAGGGCAUCUGUUUGUUUAAAAGUUACCAGUUUUGGAAAGUUUGUAUUUAUUUGUAUUUAUUUUAAAUACAGAUUAUUUGUGUGUAAACUUUAUUUCUUUUAAGAGGUUUUUAGAGAAAUUCUUGUGGUUAGAGAUUGUGUGUCGUCCUCACUAAGCAUGGUAGCAGAGGUUUGGGAAACAAGGGGGGGUGAGAAUAAUUGAGCUAGCCAAAGUCAGUGAUCUUUGUACCUGUUACACAGUCAGACAUUCACAGGUGUCUCUAUCACAAAUAUUUGCGGUUACAAUCAAACAUGCUGAGUAAAUUACUGGAAGGAAGCGUGCGUGUCUGUAUGAAAUGAUGAAAUGCGGAUAUGAACUGAUGCCGGCAAGUGAAAUAUGGGUAACUGUAAACAGCAUUUAAAGGAAGAAUAACCUGCUCAUUGUUGUUCUUCUCCUAGAAAUACCAGUGCUAUUCUGAAUUCUAUACAUCUGGGGAAAUACUACAAAUAUGGACUACACCCUUGCUGUCCUGUUUUCUAUACUGCAAGUUUUAAGUGUGGGCUCAGCUGCUCCUCUGCCAGUGGAAGUAGUGAAGAUGAAAUCAAAAGUGAAGUGGAUGGCUGAACAGCUGGUGGUUAAGCUGGACAAAGACUUCCAGGUCCCUGUUGGCCUGACUCUCAGCCCACCUUCUGAUGAUCUGGAUGGACCUUCCACCAUAGUGACCGUCUUGGAGGGUUACAACAGCCUGAUCUCUGACAACCUUAACGGGGUCUCUCAGGUCAAGUUUGAAAUCUCUUCGCUGACGGGUUACCUUGAUCAGUGGAGGCAGGGGCACUGCAGUGAGCAGCGGCCAAAGCCUUCGGUACCGGGACCCCUACAGGACCUACAGAGUCGAAAAGAGUUUAUUCACACCGUGAGCAUUGAGGCUCUCAUGAGAGUGAAGGAGUUCCUAAAUCUGCUGCUGAAAAAUCUGGAUCAUCUUGAGACUUGCUGAAAGACAGACAUUAGGUCUAGUAAUUGGAAGUUACUGGCAACAAUUGUGAAAGUCUUCAUCAGUGACGCCUGCAAUGCAAUUUUAAGGACUUUUAUUCUCAAACAUUCUUACUUAUUUACUUAUUUAUAUACACAUGUAUUUAUUUAUAUAUUGUACUUGGAAAAUAGGUAUUUUGUAAAAGAAAAAGAACAGUCUUUUCAUUCACGUGUUUCGCUGCAAGUGUGGGUUCCACAGGAAUGUUAAAAGGCAAACAGGUCUAUGCUUUGCACAUAAAGAAAAAUCGCUGCUCACAGGUUUGUACUAUUACACUACUGUUGUAUCAACAAGAGCUCCAAGUGUAAAAUAUGGAUCUACAUAUUAAUUCAGUCAUAUAGCUGAGUCCGCUGAGUAAGGUUGUUUGCAGUCAGAGGGUGUGAUGAGUAGCAACGUCAUCCACGGAAAUUCCUGAAAACCCGGUGGCCAAAAUCAACAGAAAGCUACAUGGACAAGAAGG